AUGCCCGGACUUCGCCUCGGAUCCAUUGCUCCCGACUUCACCGCCGAGACCACUCAGGGUGUCAUCAACUUCCACGAGUGGCUCGGCGGCUCGUGGGCUAUCCUCUUCUCGCACCCCGACGACUUCACCCCCGUCUGCACCACUGAGCUCGGCGAGGUUGCCCGCAAGGAGCCCGAGUUCAAGAAGCGCGGCGUCAAGGUUAUCGGCCUCUCGGCCAACGACAUCGCCUCGCACGACGCCUGGGUCAAGGACAUCAACGAGGUGGGCAAGACGCAGGUCAACUUCCCCAUCAUUGGCGACAAGGACCGCAAGGUGGCCACCGAGUACGACAUGCUCGACGCCCUCGACCCGACCAACGUCGACGCAAAGGGCAUGCCCAUGACGGUGCGCGACGUCUUCGUCAUUGACCCCAAAAAGGUCAUCCGCCUCAAGAUUUCCUACCCGGCCUCGACGGGUCGCCACUUUGACGAGAUCCUCCGCGUCAUCGACUCGCUCCAGCUCGGCGACAAGCACCGCAUCACCACGCCCGUCAACUGGCAGAAGGGCGACAAGGUCAUUGUCCACCCCUCGGUCCAGGGCGAGGAGGCCGACAAGCUCUUCCCCGGCUACGAGACCGUCAAGCCCUACCUCCGCUUCACCAAGGACCCCUCGACCACCGCCUAG